AUGCUCACAGGGAAAGGUGACACAUAUACGUAUAAGACAGUGACUCUACCAAAUGGAAUUAGAACAUUAUUAUCACAUAAUCCAACAGCAGAUAAGGCAGCUGUGGCUGUCUCAAUUAAAGUAGGUAGUUAUUCAGAUCCUAGGCCACUGCCUGGUCUAGCCCACUUUCUUGAACAUAUGUUGUUCAUGGGAACAGAAGAACACCCAGAUGAAAAUGCAUAUAUGGAAUAUAUUCAUAUGCAUAAUGGGAAUAGUAAUGCAAAUACAGCAGAUGAAGUAACAAAUUAUUUCUAUGAUAUAGAUCCAGCGUACCUGAAAGAAAGUAUGAAAAUAUUCAGUAGAUUCUUUACAUCACCACUUAUCCGAGAAGAUGCCCUAGCCAGGGAACUACAAGCAGUUAAUAGUGAACACAGUGUAAAUAUACUAGCUGAGACAUGGAGAAGAUAUCACCUACUUACACUUGUAUCUAAGACAGAUUCACCUGGUAGUAAAUUUGGUACUGGUUCAUCUGAGACACUCUCAACUGCCACCAGGGAUGACUUGUUGUGCUUCUGGAAAUAUUUCUAUAGACCUGAUAGGAUGUGUCUAUCCAUACAUGGGAGAGAAUCCUUGGAAGAACUUGAAGAGUGGGCAAUUGAGAUGUUCUCGGAUAUAAAAGGACAUGAGAUAGAGUAUAUCUGGGAUGAUAUACCAUAUAUACCACCAGUCUGCCAGAAGUAUACACCUGGGGAAUAUUGUAGAUUUAAUGAAUCAUCACAGAAUAAGCUUGUACUGUACAGGCCUGCAGUGCACCUUAAUACAGACCACUCAUCUAUGUCUAUUUGUAUUCCACUACCUGAGUCAAUCACUGGAUACAGAAGAAAGACACAUGAAUUCUUGGUUGAACUGAUUGCUGGGACAGGUAAAUCUGGCUUAGUAUGCACUCUUCUUAAGGAAGGUAUAGCCAUAGACGUAUCUGCUUAUUUGGAGGAAAAUUCCUUCAGUAGUACACUUCAUAUUGUCAUUGACUUAGUAGAUGAUAAUAAGGCACAGACAUUUAUAAUUCAGGAAUUACUGAAGUAUUACUUGGAAAUGAUAAAAAUAUCUGUAUCUUCUGAUUUAUAUGGUGCCUUCAAGACCAUCAGUAAGAAGGCAUUUGAUGCAGGUGAGUCCAUUGAGCCACUUGAACUUGUAGAAAUAUCUGCCAGAAAUAUGCAAUUUUAUCCUACAGAAGAAUUCAUAAAGUACAGCCAUAUAUGGGAUGGUCUGGACUUGGAAGAAUUUAAUAGUGUGGUAGAAGUGGCCUUGGAUGUGAGUAAGUGGGUGGUCAUGUACUGUGCACGGAAUAUACAUAGUCCAGAGAAUAUUCUAGUUGAUGAAAUCUAUGGAAUUAAUUAUCUGAUUGAUGAGAUGCCUUCUGGUGAUCUCUCUCUACUAGGACAACUGAAGGAGAAGAUUGAAUGGUCAUUUUUUGUUCCGUCUGAUAAAGAUGUGGCUGCUGCCAGGGAGGAAGGAGUCUCUGUUGUACUUGGAUCUAUUCCCACUAAUAUCCCAGAGUACCCGGAAGAGAGUAUCUCUGUCUCUUGCAUGGAAAUAUCUCAGCCUGGGUGCACUGGAUACUUAGUACAUAACCCUAAGUACAGGAAUAAUGCACAGAUUCGCAUGGUAUUAGAGACUGACAGUUAUCUUCUGGAUGAAAAGACACAUGCUGCUGCUGUAGGAUACUUCCAAGCAUUUGUACAAAUGUUCAGUGAGAAGUACAGACUAGAUCUAAUGGCAUCUGUGCUUACGCUUGUGACAGUUGAGUCUGCAGUUGGAUUUUCAAUAAGAUUCAGUGGGAGUCCUGUGGUAAUUGAAGAUUUAAUUGAGAAGUUCUUCAGUGAGUACACGGCCCGUGAUACACAGUUGUUUAGUCUAGCAAAGGAAUCAGCAAUUUCAUACUUCCUUAAGCAGGUUAGAAAUUCACCUUAUAAGUGCAGCAUACAAGGGAUAAAUUACCUUGCAGGAUAUCCUAUGUUUGAUGCACACAAGCUCAUGCAGGUCUCAAAGGACCUUCUGCCUGAUGACUUGUUUGCUGUGAACCGGGCACAAGUCAAGGUGCUUGGUGUUGGGAACGUGACAAAAAAAGAGUUUGAUCAGAUUAUAACGAGAAUUGGGAAAUAUGUCACAUUUACGCCUUAUACACCUGCUUGGUCUGCUGUAGAAAAGGAUAUCACCCUGCCUACUGUGGACCUGCAUAAUAUUGCAGUUACUGCAGUACACAGGAUCUGUGCUGAUAGUCUCCUAAAGGCAGUUGCACUGGGUACGCUUAUCUCACAGAUCUUCUCAGAGAGGUUCUUUGAUGAACUUAGAACGAAGGAAGAGUACGGUUAUAUUGUGUUUAUGUCGCAUAAAGUGUUUAUGCAGAAGGUUUAUGUGCAAUUUACAGUGCAAAGUACUCGGUCCCUUGAUAAUGUCACUAACCGGAUUAGAGAGUUUGUUCUUGCCAUGGAGAAACGAGUCUCUGAGAUGCCUUCUGAAGAGUUUUUGGCGCACAAGAAUAGUGCAAUCCUGGCUGUCAAGGAAGAAACAAUUAACUUGGAGGAUUAUGCCACAGAGAUAUUCCAUUACUGGCUGUGCAUGGGAUUCAACUUGGAAAAUAAGAAUGAAAUUGCUGCAGAGAUUGAAAAGAUAUCAAAAGAAAACAUCCUGGAAUACUCCAAGAGCAUGUCCCACCUGAUGAUCAUACAGGCCACUAAGCCCUAA